AUGUCGAAUCACGCCGGAUAUGUCGCCAACUCCUCGGGGAUCACUCCCCCAGCGAGCAAUGAGUACGCUGACCGAGCUUUACAAGAACAAAAUCAGGAUGUGGACAAGCAGGCAUGUACCCAGGUAAACCAAGGCACCGGUCUUCAAUACCAACCAGACCUGAGCGGCAAUGAACAUGUGGCAUCAAAUUUUGAUGUGACAGAAAGUCAGAUUGAUGAUAUCGUUGCUAAUGGCAAUGCAUCUACGACUCGAUAUGCAACACUCAAUCACGGCUAUGCAACGUCAGGGGAUCACGUUGAGACUCAUCUUCCAAAUUUGAUGCAAACCUCAAAAGAGAGCUCACAUAAGCUGGGUGAUUUUGCAAAUGGCCAGAAGAACCUACCCGUGAUCGAUGGGCACAAUCACUUUGACACCAUAUCAAGCGGCCAGGUACAUCACGAUGCUGCUCCAACUACGAGGCAGAAAUUACAUGACAAGGCUAGUGCGCUUGUUGAUGAUUCUAGUGGCCAGGAAUUGUCCCAGGGUGAAGAAACGCCCGACCACAUCGAGACUCUCCUCGAUCAUAAUAUUGCUUCUCCGACGAUGCUGGCUACCUUACAAAAUAAAGCUUAUGGCUUGAUUGGCGCAUCAUUGGUUCAUCACAACCUCAUUUACCAGAAAAUAAAGCCAGAAACCCUCAUCCAUAGCAGCAACACCCCUAGUAUGGUGGCUACCUUGGAAGCUCAGGCCUAUGCAAUGAUUAACGGCCCGGUAGAGGUCAUGAAGAAGGACCUUAAUGCGGACAGCCAUGAGCUAGCGCACGAGGUACCGAAGGUCCAAGGUGCUAUCCAGACAGAGUACACUCGUGGCAGCAAUACCGAAGCCGCGAGGGACAUUGGUUGGCAUAAGGCUAAUGUAGAAAUACCCGAUCCGUUGGUUGGUGGUUAUACGAACGGAGAGCUUUUUGCAUUCAUCAGACGCUUCAAUAAGGAUGUCUUCGAUGUCAAAGCGGUGUCUAUUGAAAAUGCAAGUGGUCUCGACCUCAAUGAUGCAUGGUCUCAAGAUCACGCCGGGGAUAAGGUGGGUCUGCACCUACAACGAGUUUAUUUGACCGUGGUUCUUGGCAUCGCGAGCCUUGGAAAACAAAUUUCACGACUUCGUUCCUGGAAGGAGACUUGUCGUACAUCAAUAUUCUGUGCGGUUUACUUCGCUGCAUGGCUAUUUGAUCUAUUGAUGCCGCUUGCUCUUGGAAUAUUGAUAAUGGUGGUAUCUUCGGUGCAAGUUCGCAACAUGUUGUUUCCAUCAGCACCGCGUGCUCUGGUAAAUAUUAGGACAGGCGGGAUUCAGAAGCCCCAAGCAGGUCUGCUAGGUACGAAUGAUACAAUCACUGGUGCUCCGGAAAAGCAGCCGCAUGAAGCUAUCGAAGAGGAAGCAGCCAACUUUGUCGACAACGUCCGACACAAUAUUCAGAGAGCUGUCGGUAUGCACAACAGCCAACAACAGGAUGGAGAUGGAGAUCCACUGGAAGGGAAGGUACCGAAGCCUAUCAGCAAAGCAGUUAAAGCUGUCCAAUCUGCAGGCUCUGCACCCGGACAUGUUACUGAGAGUACCGAUCAAACUCAGCAGCCGAUGGAAGAGAUUAUAUGGGCUGGAGUCAAUCCAGAAAGUAUUGCCAACGUUCUUGACAUUGCACCACAUGUGAUGGGAGAGCUAGCUGUGAUAAUUGGGAAAGAUUUGCGAGCGUGGCUUAAACGAAACGUGCCCAAUUACAAGGAGCUUGCACAACCGAAAAACAACUUCCUUCGCGGCGUCCCUACAAACACCCAGAUCGCAAUAACUCUUCUUCGUAUCAGCGAAGCACACAAAACGCCUCUUCCUCCUGUACCUACCUCCUACCCCGAUGACCCGGAUCAUCAAAAUCCCAUUGAAGCUGAGAAUAUACCUCUUGGUGCCACCCGUUCCGACGUCCUUCAUGCGACCAUGCCUUCAAUAGUUGAGAAAGCCCACAGCGACGAUGAUAAAGAAAAGCCAAAUCACAAACAUCUUUCUAAGAUUGUCCGCUUCUUCAAAGGCAAUGCCAAAUCUGUCUUCGAGACGAAGCUGGCCAUUGAUCACGUCCGGGCCGCAACUGGUUCGCAGAAGGCGAAAGGUCACUUGGGCGUUUUGCCUAAGACAAAAAGCAUCAUCUAUGCCGGGCCGAGUGUAUACCAAUGUCGAUUUGAGGGGAAACAUGGUUGGGCAGUCAUCACAGAGUCUGCCAGACCAAGCCUGUUAUUCACGCGCGAUGACCCAAGGUUAAUGAGCUCUGAAAAGCUGGAACCAGUGUUUGAAAUUGCCGUGGGUGAUAUGAAGCGAGUGAAGAGGGCAACAGCCUUUGUAAAUACUGCGAUUGAGGCAGUGGCUGCGGUUUCGUCGGACCAGAAGUUGCUAGCAAGCUUAGAGAUUGAGGAUAAGGAAGAAAAAACUUGGAGGUUGACAGUGAUACCGGAGCGAGAUGAGUUGUUCAAUCGCUUGGUCGCGACCGGUAAUCAGAGAUGGGAGAACAUGUAA